CUGACAACACUCUAUUUCCCAUCUUCAUAUAUUCUCGGCAGAUCGGGUUUGGUUUCCUCAGCUGAAUCAUGUUGGUGUGAUGCUGGUCGCAUGAGGGCUCUGUCUGUUCUUUCCAACAUGUGCAUUCCAUGUUUGGUACUUGCCAUGCAAGUUGGUAUCUCAUUUGGAGAAACACACCGAGUUUGGCAGCACAUUGUUGCUGUCGCUUUGAGAGUCAUAUCAAAAUCACACUUACGCUGCUUGUAUUUGUUAGAUUACGAAGUUCUCUUAAAAGUCAGGCAUUACCAUUCUCUCCAAACCAUCUCAACUUUACAAUGUCUAAGCCAAACCAACACAAAGGUAGUUUUAUAGGAAUAAAAUCGUUCAAGUUCGCCAUCCAACCUCCAACAGUCUGGGUGAUGCGAAAGCCACGCAAAAUAAGUCCAACACAACGCAGACUUAAAGUCUCGCAAAAAGAAAUCAAUCCCACCUCUGUUGAUUUCUUCUUUACUUAUGCAGCAGCGUUCAAAAGAUCUAAUGGAGCAGAGUGCGUUUACAAUCGCCACAUCUCAAAUGGCCAUAAACAAAACCAUCUUUGUAGUUUGAAUAGUGGUCUUCAGUGAAGAGAAUGAGUCCAUUACACUAGCUCUAUAUCAGCGUGUGCAUGAAUCCUGU